GCAGACAAGACCCACACACGCUAUCAGCUCAAGGUGUGGAGGCGAGCGAGAUACACAGUGGCGUGUUUUUUAGGGAAAAAAGGAGCGGACUCGUCCUGAAAUAUCAUCCGGGGGAGUUAAAGCAAGGAGGUUUUCACCAAAACAACAUGCGGGGGACUGCCGGCACUCUUUAAAACAUAACCACACAAAGUCGCAUACUUAAUCGACACCUAUGAAGUGAAGUGCGCAUCCAGGGCAGGUAAAAGCGGAGCCGGAAGAACUCGCAAUACUGGUUGCGUUGAGUUUGUUCGCGCUUUUCCAAGAGGAUUACCUUUGACAUUCACAAAUAAAUGAAGUGACUUUUAAGUUUUAACUUGAAGACAUUAUGACGGAUUUGAGGAAAAGGAAAAUCUUCGUCGUGGUGGACGUGUUGUGUGUGGUCGUAGCUUCUCUGCCCUUCGUCAUCAUGAACAUUGCGGGCCGGCCGUACGAGCGGGGCAUCUACUGCCAGGACGAGAGCAUCGGUUACCCCCUAAGGCCAGACACCAUCACGCACGUAACGCUGGCCGUUGUUUCCAUCACUUGCACUGUGAUCAUUAUAUCGUCAGGUGAGGCGUACCUGGUGUACAGCAAAAAAAUGACCUCCAACUCCACCUUUAAUCAGUACUUGUCAGCCAUCUAUAAGGUGCUGGGCAGCUUCCUUUUCGGAGGAGCCGUGAGCCAAUCGCUGACAGACUUGGCCAAGUACACCAUUGGGAGACCACGCCCCCAUUUUUUAACAGUGUGCGCUCCCAAAACUUGCAAUGGAUAUAUGGCAACAAUCAACUGCACUGGCGACCCUCGUGACGUCACUGAAGCCAGGUUAUCCUUCUACUCAGGGCACUCAUCUUUUGGGAUGUACUGUAUGCUGUUUUUAGCGUUCUAUGUCCAGGCUAGACUGAAUGCAAAAUGGGCUCGUCUCCUGAGGCCAACCAUCCAGUUCUUCCUGGUGGCGUUCGCUGUGUACGUGGGUUACACCCGCGUGUCGGAUUAUAAACAUCACUGGAGCGACGUGCUGGUUGGACUCCUCCAGGGGGCGCUGGUUGCAAUUCUCACUGUGCGAUACGUGUCCGAUUUCUUUAAGGUCCGUUCUUUACCUCAAUGCUCUAGUUCAGAUUCGCCCGAAAGAGAGGUGGAACAGAAUAACCAUUACGGCUAUCCCGGACCUCUGUGAGUGUAAAGAGGCCAAACACCCACAUAACAUCUCCCACAAACCACUGGACUGACGGAAGGGGGUGGAGCUAGAGUGCACAUGCUCACAAAAGUCCUCCUUGAAAAAAACAACCUCUUUGUGUGUGAGAGAAAGACUCUAUGUAUAUAUAUUUAAUCAAGUUAAUUUAAUCGAAAAGAUUUGCAGAGGAUUUCAGAUGUUGAGGGACCAAUUGAUUUUUUAAGUCUUACUGGACCAGGUUUAAUCUGAAUUUAUAUAUGCAUGCAGCUUUAUUUCAAGUGUACAAAAUCUUAACAUAAUGUCUUGUAUUUUUUUCAUUUCAUCCGACAAAACCAAUUGCAUAUUAUGUGAUUUUAAAUGUGGAAAGUUACCUGAACAUAUCUAUUUAUAUUAUGUGCCUUAAUCUGACACCCAAUGUUGAAUGCAAAAUAAUAGAAUAGAAAACGAAAGACUAGUCAGGAUUUUGUUCCCCUUUGUUUAAAAUGAAAACGUAAGAUACCACUACAGCUUUUGCAAGCCUUGCUCUAUUCUUUUUCAUUUACACAUAUAAAAAGCUGGCUUUGUUGAACUUUUUACUUUGUAACUUGUGUGCAUUCGCUCAAAUUUGUAUUAAAUAUUUGUCAUAAUA